CAGCGAUGCUCCACGCGGCCGUCCUGCUCGCCUUCGCCCUGCGCCAGGCGGCGGGGCUGGACCUGGGCUUAUCCACCAAGUGCGUCGCCAUCCCCACGGACAUGGCCAUGUGCCACGACAUCGGCUACUCGGAGAUGAGGCUGCCCAACCUGCUGGGCCACGUCGGUUUGCCCGAGGUCGUGGGGAAAGCCGCCGCGUGGCAGCGCCUCGUCAGCACCGGCUGCCACCCGCACGCGGGGAUCUUCCUCUGCUCGCUCUUCGCACCCGUGUGCUUGGACACCUUCAUCCAGCCUUGCAGAAGCAUGUGCGUUGCGGUCCGCGACAGCUGCGCUCCCGUCUUGCAAUGCCAAGGACGCCCCUGGCCCGGCAGUUUGGACUGCGAUCGGUUCCCCGCAGAUGAGGACACGUGUCUUGCAUCCCUCGGCAAAGAAGCUACGCGUGGUCUCCGAGGAAGGAUGCUUCGACGUGACUUUGUUGAAUGUGCUGCUUAG